ACGAAGAACCCCAACAUGCGGCUGGGCAGCGUGGCGCUGGGCGGCGAGGGCGCGAUCCUGCGGCACCCCUACUUCAAAGAGCUCGACUGGGACCUGCUCAACCAGCGGCAGAUGGAGCCUCCGUUCAGGCCCCGCAUCAAAUCCAAAGAUGACGUGAGCAACUUUGAUCCAGAUUUUAUAAAAGAGGAGCCCAUUCUGACUCCCAUUGAAGAAGGAAUCCUUCCGAUGAUAAACCAGGAUGAAUUUAGAAACUUUUCAUUCACAGGCCCCGAAUUGCCGCAAUAGCCAUGACUCUGAGGACGUGCUGCUGGCAGGACUGGGGGGAAAUGAAAUGAAAACCAGGUUUACCAGGAAUUUCAUUCUCAAGGAGUAACAGUGCACUGACUUUACAUUAUGCAGGAGCACCACUGUCAACGUUAACCUUAAUGUGAAAUUGAAACCUUCCUGUGUUUGUAGGAUUUGCACAGCUCUUGGAUCAAAUAUUGACAGGGCUGGAACAAACAUGAUUUUGUAAAUAGCUGAUGCAGACAGAGAGAUGAAUGUUGAGCUAGUUGGCUCAGCCUGAAUGUCAUUGCUUGCAGCUUGCAGUGGAUUCGAGGAGUCAGCGUGAGCAUGAAACAAGUGUCUUGCAGCUCUGAGCCAAACAGAUUUGUUGUAAUACUGAUCGUUUGCAAGACUGUUUUGUGGAAUCCCAGCACUGCCCAGCGUUUUGGAGCCAUGAUCCAGCAUCCCAUGGCCUCACUGAACCAGAUGUUCCUUGCGACUUUACCUGUUCCUCAAGUAUUUAUUUCUUUCCAGAGGUCGAAUGGCUCUUUGUCACUGGUUUGGGUUUCCAUGUGAACUAUUUCAUUGUGCUGACUAGCAGAAGGAAAAAAAAAACCAACAAAUGCCAUGUGUCCUGCACAGAUUUUUCCAGAUCGAAGGGAAGUCACAUACCUGUUGUGUUUUGCUGUUCGUGCGAUAUGAAACGUUUUAGUGUUUGCAUUCUGUGAAAUGCCUUUUUACAUCAUGCAUCUUCAAUGCUCCUUUCUUUGCCUCCCAGCUGUUUUCAACUAUAAUAUAACUUGUAAAACCUUAUUGUUUAUUUAGGCCCAUUCUAUUUAAUUAUGCUAUACAAAGCCCCUUUUGUGGGUUUAGUGCCUCAUUAAAAUUUUGAUCC